GGUGCCGUGCAGCCCGUCUCUGCGCAUGUGUAGCGGCUGGCCGACGCGAGUGCGUCGCUUCGAUCGCCAUAUUCAUCAACGCCACCAAGCGUGCGGAAUUUGGAGUUAUCAGUUAGUAAUUUAUGAUUGAUUUACACUGCUAAAUCAUGAGUGCUGAAGUAGUGAAGAAAAAAGAUGUCGCUGACACCAAUGUCAAACUUGAAGGCCAAGAUGGUGAGACGAUUACAGAAAUACAAAACUAUCUGGAAACGUUCAACAAAGAGAUCCAAGAUGGAUCUCAAGUGAAUGCCCAAGCUGCGACAGAAGGAGGCUUUUUUAUAGACCAGUCUGGCACUAGCCACUAUUUUUACACUUCCGCCAAUGGAGAGCAGCAGCAGGUCAUGACCGUCGUUGCUGCUGACGGAGAUGAUGGCCAGGGAGAAAGCAUUGCCAUAUCGAUUCCUGCCAGCAUGGGUGAGGAAUGCGCCGAAGCGUCGUCGGGCGAGGCGACUUAUAUUACAAUGCCCAGGGCUGAUGGCCAGGAUGGCACCAUCGCCAUGGAAGCCACAGACGACGUUAUUCUCAAUGCUGGCGACGGGUAUCAAACAGUGACCAUUGUUCCAAGUGAAACUGGCACUGGUGAGGUCAGUUAUGUGCUGAUUGUUCAGCAACCUGAGGAUGGCAAGGACAAGGAUGGCGACGAUGCGAAUUUGAGCAACGUCUAUGACUUUGAUGAAGGAGAGGAAGGAGCUCCUCCGGAGUCUGGAGAUGAGGAGGACAAGGCAAAGAUCAUCAAGAUCGUGCCAAAGAAGAGCCAGACAGUGACUCAGGCACACAUGUGCAACUACUGCAACUACACGAGUCCAAAGCGCUACCUGCUGUCCAGACACAUGAAGUCGCACUCUGAGGAACGGCCGCACAAGUGCAGCGUGUGCGAGCGCGGCUUCAAGACACUGGCCUCGCUGCAGAACCACGUCAACACGCACACAGGUACCAAGCCGCACCGGUGCAAGUUCUGCGACAGUGCCUUCACCACCUCUGGUGAACUGGUCAGACACGUCAGGUACAAACACACGCACGAGAAGCCGCACCACUGCACUGAAUGCGACUACUCCAGCGUGGAGCUCAGCAAGCUCAAGCGCCACAUGCGCUGCCACACUGGAGAGAGACCCUAUCAGUGUCCGCAUUGCACAUACGCCAGUCCCGAUACCUUCAAGCUGAAGCGACAUCUGCGGAUACACACAGGUGAAAAGCCAUACGAGUGCGACGUGUGCCACGCCCGCUUCACGCAGAGCAACAGCCUGAAGGCGCACAGGCUGAUCCACACGGCUGGCGACAAGCCCAUCUUCCAGUGCGAGCUGUGUCCGACAACGUGCGGCCGCAAAACCGACCUCAGAAUCCACGUUCAAAAGCUGCACACCUCGGACAAGCCUCUCAAGUGCAAGCGCUGUGGAAAGUCCUAUCCUGACAGAUAUUCGUUUAAGGUCCACAACAAGACCCAUGAGGGUGAAAAGUGCUUUAAGUGCGACUUGUGUCCGUACGCUUCUAUCUCUCAAAGACAUCUCGAGUCUCACAUGCUGAUCCACACUGACCAGAAGCCCUUCCAAUGUGAUCAAUGCGAUCAGGCUUUCCGUCAAAAGCAGUUGCUGAAACGCCACCAGAACCUGUACCACAACCCCAACUACGUGCCACCAACCCCCAAAGAAAAGACGCACGAGUGUCCCGAGUGUGGGCGAGCGUUCCGUCACAAAGGAAACCUUAUCAGGCACAUGGCCGUCCACGACCCUGAGUCUUCGGCUCAAGAGAAAGCGCUCGCCCUCAAGCUUGGCAGACAAAAGAAAAUCCAGAUUAUUGACGGUCAGCAAGUGGAAGUGAUGCCAGCUGACGAGACAGACGAGGAGGAAGAGGAAGAUGAAGAUGGUGAAAUGAUGGCAGUGGAGGGACAGGACGGCCAGCAGUAUGUGGUGCUGGAGGUGAUCCAGCUGCAGGACGGAAAUGACACCACCAUGGCGGUGGUCCCUGAUGACAUUGUUGUUUCUGGCACCGAUGGAACUGAAGCCGUGACCGCCAUCGAAAGCGCCGAUGGAGCGUCAGGCGAAACCAGAAUCAUUCAAACUUUGAAAACAAGAAAGUUGACCAGGAGAGACGCGCAAGCGAUCAAAAAGAAGCUUGAGGCCCAGAAGGAUAUGGAGAAUUGCUUUGGAUUUGAUGAUGACGAAGAUGACGAGGAAGGAGCGUCGAGUGAAAUCGAGUCCAAGGAGUCGCUGAAACUUCUGGAGACCAUCAAUGAAUAAAUACAAAGACAUCUCAUCAGUUUCAAGGUGUAAUCUUUUAUCAUUGCUUAGUGGUAGAUGUAAGCGAUCUCUUUUGUAAAAAGUCUUCUCGAGGAUGAUUUUGGUGUGAUCACACUUUUUGUUCCGACUUGAAACAGCAAUGUUAGAUUUUAAAUUCAUUAUUCACCUGUAAAUGUACACUUCUUGAAAUGUCACAAUAAAUUUUAUCAACUGCAGCAA